CAUGCACAGAUACAAAAGAUCUGACUGCCAACAGCCUAUCCUAUCAAGCCCUUGCCCAACAGGCUACAGCUCCGGCACGCUGAGCCUUGUUUUGCCUAGCACUUAAUGCUGCGGUGCUGCAGGAACCAAGCUAAGAUCCAGCAGAACCUCAUGUACCUCGCCGCCAUCGCAGCCAGCCAGCCGCCGCAGACAGCGUCGCUGUCUCAGUACCCGUCCAACCUGAUGAUGCAGUCCGAGCCGCGGUACAUGCCGCAGCAGUCGGCGCAGAUGAUGUCGCCGCAGUCGCUGAUGGCGGCGCGGUCGUCGAUGAUGUACGCGCAGCAGGUCAUGUCGCCCCUCCAGCAGCAGCAGCAGCACCAGGCGGCCGUGCACGGCCAGCUGGGGAUGUCCUCCGGCACGACCACCGGGUCACGGUGAGGACAGCAUGGGCGGCGGCGGCGGCGACAUGGCCUGCAGGUGGGUAGUGCGGGUUGAUUAGGGCUAAAGGCAGGGGGCAAACUGCAAAAUGCGCGGGCUGACCGGCCCAGCCCAGCUGGCUCCACUUGGCGAGCUGUGAUUCGCCCAGGACCAAACUUGCACUUCCAUGACAAGUUCAAGGACCAAAUAAUCAACCUUUUUAAGUUUGAGGACCAAACCAUCACCUCCAUGACAAGUUUAGAGACUUGCAGUGCUAUUACCUCAUAUCUCUUGUACACUGCACAAGACGAUUUUCUUUACGGAUGACACUGUCUCUUGAUUUGAUUUGAUGUGACGCCACAGGAGCCAUGGGCCAUCCGAAUGAUA